AUUCUUUUGCCAAAGCCUUAGCCUAGGGAUACGUUUCAGUCAUUUCGACGCUCAAAUAAGCCCAUGUGGCAUAUACCCUAUUUUUGUUGAAGUAUAAAAUGCCCUUUUUGUUGUUGACGUAGAUGAUACAAAUUCUGUCACGUGGGAGUGUCAUUAAAGUAAUGGCAAUUGCCGAGAAAACACUGUUCUUAAAAUUUACUGUCUGUAUAGUUCAACGAUAGUAAGAGGUUUACGAUCUUUGGAAAUCAGUCGAGCAAUAUAAAGCCUGACCAAACAUGGGGACGAUACCAAGAGGAUUUUCAUACAUCAAAACUGUUCCUUUUUUCUUGAAGAUUGCAGCAUUUGCUGUUUUGUUGACGGGCCUUAUCACACUGGGGAAGUUUAUGGACGAAGUAAACAGAAAGUCAACUUUUGAAUUCUGGGGAAAUAAAGGUCGUUUGGAUUUCGGAAUGUUUGCAAUUGUCGUCUCUUGGAUUGUCGUCAUGGUGAUGGUCGCUGUUUUUGUUAGUGGAUUGCAUGAAAAAGUCACCAUCAUCAAUUGGCCAUUGACGGUGUUUAUCAACUUGGUGCUAUGGGGCAUUAUACUGUUCAUAGCCGGUUGUGUCAUAGCUGAUGCAGCCCGUCGAUACGACAAUGACGAGAAACGACUUGGAACAUCAAAAACGUGGACAUUUUGCGACGUUCUUAAAUCUACAAAACAUGAUGUAGGAUGUGGUCUUCUGGCUGGUGCUUCUGUGACGUGUUUUGUUGCUGCCGUCAUAUUUGCAGUCGAUGGAUUUUUCAAUUUCAAGUUGAUACGAGAUAAAACUCCGCCUCCAGCUGUAGCUACUUAAACCAAACCACUGUCCUCAUUCUCUCUAACAGUUUUAUAUACGUAGUCUUGCAUUGUUGAAAGGUGUUCACGUGGGAUAGUGAUGUCAUAAAAAUAAUGACGUCACUUUAAAUAGUGACGUCUUGGAAAUAGUGACAUCAGCAAAACAAAUAGUUUUCAACUAUAUUAUGUAUUGAUUGAAAACGAUCGAGCUCAAUACUGAAAGCUGCGAGCAAAUAUUAUUUGCACAAUUGCUUUAAGAAUAUAGUUACGGGCACUUACGAAUACUUACGACGACUUACGUCAAAUGAAGUGGGAGAGUGAAUAAAGUCAUUAAUUUAUAUGAAA